AUGUCAACUUCUGGUUCUGGAAAUGCAACUGCAAGUAGUAGGAGGAAAAAUGCUUCAGGGAGUAGAAAUGAUAUAGGAUGGGAAUAUGGUAUUGAGGUUGGUCAUGAUGCAAAGAAGGUGCAAUGUAAAUUUUGUGCCAAAAUUAGCAGCGGAGGUAUAUAUUGUUUCAAGCAUCACCUUGCUUGUACAAACGAUAAUGUAGGCGCUUGUCGAAGUGUACCCGAUGAUGUGAGGAAGAGAAUGUUGGAGAUUUUGUCUCAAGGUAUGGAAGCUAAGGAAAGGAAGAGUAAUAUGUUGUUGCGUCAACAUGAAAUUGGGAGCUCACUAUGUAUAAGUGUAAAGGGAAAAAAAAGUUCUACUCAAGUGACCAUGAAUGAGCUAUUCAAGAAAGAUUUGAGAAAAAGUGCAUGUAGAAGUACUGGGAGGUGGCUUUACACUUGUGGUAUUCCUUUCAACACAGUCAGAAGUCCAGAGUUCACAAAAAUGUUUGAAGAGGUAGCUAGACAUGGUCCCGGUUUUAAAGCUCCCUCUUACCAUGAAGUUAGGGAGACUAUGCUCACAGAGGAAGUGAAGGAGACGAGGGAUUACAUUGAGAUACAUAAGGCUGAAUGGAGAAAAGUAGGGUGUAGCAUUAUGUCUGAUGGUUGGACAGAUAAAAAGAGAAGAACAAUAUGCAAUUUCUUGGUGAAUAGUCCUGGAGGGACUGUCUUUUUGGAGUCCUUGGACACGUCAGAUUUUUCAAAAACAGCACAAAUUUUUUUUGAGAUGUUGAAUAGGGUUGUUGAGGAAGUUGGGGAAGAAAAUGUUGUGCAAGUGAUUACUGAUAAUGAUGCAUCUUAUAAGGCGGCAGGUUCACUGUUGAUGGAGAAGAGGAAACAUUUAUUUUGGACACCAUGUGCAGCACAUUGCAUAGACUUGAUGUUGGAGGAUUUUGAGAAGAAAUUGAAGGUCCAUCGUGUGACUAUCAAACAAGGUAGGAAGAUAACGACAUACAUAUAUUCUAGAACAUUGCUCAUUUCCAUGUUGAAACAGUUUACUGAGGGGAGAGAUUUGAUUAGACCUGCUGUUACUAGGUUUGCUACGACAUAUUUGACUUUAGGAUGCCUUAGUGAGUACAAGGGUGCAUUAAUGACUAUGUUUUCAUCUUCAAAGUGGAAGGAAAGCAAGUUUGUACGCACUGAAGAAGGGAAAGGGGUUGAGAACAUUGUACUUGAUAGUAGAUUUUGGGGAGAUGUUGGCAUAUGUCUUAAGGCUGCAUUACCAUUGAUGAAAGUGUUUCGCCUGGUGGAUUCGGAUGAGCAAGCCGCUAUGCCUUUCUUAUAUGAAGAGAUGGAUUGUGCAAAGGAGAAAAUUCAAGCUAAUUUCAAUAAUGUGGCAAGAAGUUAUACGCCUAUUUGGAAGAUUAUUAAUGAGAGGUGGACUAAGCAACUUCAUAGGCCAUUAUAUGCUGCAGCUCACUAUCUAAACCCCCGAAUUCAUUACCGUCCAAGCUUCAACCCUAAUGAUAAAGAGGUUAAAAAUGGGUUGUUUGAUAGCUUGGAUACGUUGGUGAAGGAACGAAACGAAAGAAAUACAAUAAUCUCACAGCUUGAUAUAGUCCAUCAUGGUCAAGGUAUGUUUUCUAGGAUUGAUGCUAGGGAUUUAUUAGAGAAAAAGCAUCCUGAUGAUUGGUGGAACACUUACGGAGAUGAUGUUCCUGAACUUCAAAGAUUUGCUAUUCGAGUGCUUAGCUUAACUUGUAGCUCUUCUGGAUGCGAGCGUAACUGUAGUGCAUUUGAGAUGGUUCAUACCAAGAAAAUGAAUCGUCUUCACCAAAAGAAGAUGAAUGACUUGGUGUUUGUGAUGUACAAUUCCAAGUUGAAGAAUAAGAAAUUUAGAAGUAUGGAGCUGUCAACCUUUGAAGAUAUUGGUUCGGAUAAUGAAUGGACCACAGAGGGAGGUGUGGAUGUUCCUUCUCCUAAUGAGGAUGUCAAUGCUCAAAUUGUUGAACCGGUUGGAAAUGAUGGGAUUCAUGAUAUGACAAUUGAACUUGAUAGCAACCCAAUUGAGGAUGAAGAUAUAGAAGAAAUUGUGAAUAUGGAGGAGGGAGAGGGAGAUGAAUAUAAUGGGAGUGAUGGUGGUGGGAGUGGUGAAGAUGAUGAUCUUGAUGAUUUGUGUUAA